GGUGCUAUAGAAAUGGGUGGUACGUGGGUGAGGGGGGGAAAGCACAUUUCCUGCAUACCUCACCAUGAGCAGAUCUUCUCUGUCUUCUCCUUCCCAUUUUUUUUUUUUUUUUUUUUAGUAAGAGAGUCUCAUUUGCUCUCCCUCUCCCCUCCCUCACUGCGUCUCUACCUCACUCUCACUCCCUCAUAUACACUCGCUGAGGGGGAAUUCUCUGAGACGCGUGGUUGCUUAAACGCGGUCUUCAUUUCUCUGUCGUCUUCACUCCACUUAAGAGCUGUCCUUAUAUUUCUGUAAUUCAAUUUUUUUUCCCCCUGCUCCUUUUGUAUCACAACUUUGCUGCCAAGCUGCAUAGAUGUAAUGGAAGAGAACUUGUGCGUCUGAUCAACUAUAAAUCUGCACCUUUCAAUUCUAAAUGUGUUUACCAUUGAGGGACUCUUUGCCAAUUGUCGGAUUUUUGUCACAGCUGAAGACAAAUUUUACUUGUUUUGUUCCCCUCUAGAGAACUGGAUUAUUAUUAUUUUUUUUUUUUCACUUUUGUUUCACCUCACCGACACCUGGUAUGAGCUGAUUUUAUGGAGUGUGAAAUUUUGGACAUACGUGCCAUGUUUGGGAUGAAAAAGUUUGAAAAAAAGCAUGGCCAAUGGAACUGCUGAAAGUGGCUGAAGGCUUCUUUCCAACAAGACAACACAGCACCUUGUGAAAUGACCACUGUGUCCAUGGAGCCAGUGGGAGUCCUGGUGGAAAGGAGCACCAAUGCUACCGACGUCCCUGAAAGCUCCCAUGAGGAUCCAGCUGCCACCUUCACCAUUGGCACCAUUCUCUCCAUAAUGUUUCUUGUGGGAGUCUUGGGAAACAUCUACACCCUCGUGGUCAUGUGCCAUUCUAUGCGCAACGCAGCUUCAAUGUACAUUUAUAUCAUCAACCUAGCCUUGGCGGAUCUGCUGUAUCUGCUCACCAUCCCGUUCGUAGUGUGCACACACUUCCUAAAGCGAUGGUACUUCGGGGACGUCGGGUGUCGGAUCCUCAUCAGCAUGGACUUUCUGACCAUGCACGCCAGUAUCUUCACACUGACCAUCAUGAGCACUGAGCGCUACUUUGCGGUGCUUAAGCCAUUGGAUACGGUGAAACGGUCGAAAAAGUAUCGAAAAGCCAUUGCACUGCUCGUUUGGGGGACUUCUUUAAUCCUCACAUUACCGAUGAUUGUGAGCAUUCAAAUGAUGAAGGUGGGAAACAAGGCGAUGUGUCUUCCCACCUUGUCAUCCCUGUCCUAUAAGAUUUAUAUCACCUUCCUUUUUUGCACAAGCAUUGUUGCCCCAGGACUGAUCAUUGGUUACCUCUACAUCCAGCUUGCUCGGACUUACUGGAUUUCACAGACAGUGACCUUCAAAACGACCAAUAAGCUUCCCAAUCUGAAGGUUCUCUACCUGAUUUUCACCAUCGUACUCCUAUUUUGGGCAUGCUUCUUGCCUUUUUGGAUCUGGCAGCUCCUGGGUCAGUACCAUCCGACACUGCCCCUGUCGUCCGCAGCCAAGCGCAACAUCAAUUACCUGACGACAUGUCUGACAUACUCCAACAGCUGCAUCAACCCAUUCCUAUACACAUUGCUCACCAAGAACUACAAGGAGUACUUAAGGAAGCACAACCGGUCCUGGUCAGCCGGGAGUUUUUUUGAAGGAGGGGCCGUUUGCAGCGCUCGCCACGCAGGUCGCCGUCUGCAAGCAGUCAGCAGUGUACAGAAAGUUUCAUGCUCACACACACAGCCUCCUUGCGUGCCCACAACAGCAGCUUGUGAGAUCUGACCGAGCUGUGCUGAAUGAUGAAAAGGACCAAACAACCAUGUGGAAAUUGGACUCGGACGAACGUUCACAUCUACCAAAUGAACAGAAUAAGUGGAAACAUGACAAAUGUGUGCUCAUCCACACUGGUAAUAAUAGAUGCUCAUGAGAUGAAGCUAGUAGUACCUGUGUGUUCAACGGCGUAUAUUCAUACGUGUGCCCAUUUGUAUUUCCCAUGAAUGAAAUAUAGGGAUGACUUUCAUGUUAAAUAUGUCGACAAUCUGUGCUCCUUGUUCUAAAAUAUGUGAGUCUGCAUGAAUAUAUGUGGCAAAAAAAAAUGGUGUUGACGUUACUGAAGCUAAUUCAAAGCAUAUAAAAGAUGACGUGUUUGUUGUGGGUUAUCUUUUUCGGUCUUGAAAAAUUGCAUGAUGAUGAAACAAGUGGAGCAGGGCUCAGAGGCCACCACCUUAACAUCAAUCAUAAAUGCAGUCAUUCAUAAUUGAAUAUCAUGGCUUUGAUUAAUUGAAAAGAUAUGCACAGAUAGAUACAAUGGUGAAUUAGAGCCAUUUUGACAGGGGAUAUAUGGCACCAUUGCAUUCAAAAUGUUACUAGAAUGCUAAGAAACCUUUUUUUUUUUUAAUCUGUCCACCGCUUGUGCCACAAUGCAAAUUUUGCUUUUUGCCUCCCUCUUUGGAUUUUCUGUUUGAUGUCCAAAUGUUUUCCAGUUUUUUGUAUUUUUGUUAGUCACCAAAAGUGCGCUGCACACUCUUGAUCAGCUGUGUUGUUAUGCAUACUUGUAUUCUGAAAAACAACAUGCCUUUUUAAUUGCGAAUGAUUGUGACUCUUCAACCCAUCCAUCCAUCCUCUCUCUCAAUAUAUAUAAAUAUAUAUAUAUACACUGUAAGCACGUUUAACAUUGAGAGUGAGUGAGUUUCUUUCGACUUGUCCCUUUCGGGGUCGCCACAGCGUGUCAUCUCAGAUGAACGCACAUAUGUUUGGCACAAUUUUUACGCCGGAUGCCCUUCCUGACGCAACCCUUCUCAGGGAGUGGAUGCCCCAGUGGGAUACGAACCCACAUCCCCUGGUGUACCAAACCAGUGCUCUAACCACUGAGCUACGGGGCCUCCCCAAGCACGUUUAACAUUAAACUUCAAUUUUUAUAUUUCAUUCCAAUUGGAACUAAUUUGAGGAAAAACUGGCUAACGUUAUUAAAUUAGGAAAUUAUUUUUGAAGCAAACUGUAUCCCUGUUUUAUUAUUGUCUGUGCAAUUUUAAUUGAAAGAUUUAUCUCGUAAUAUUGUGGCUGGAUUUUAAUAAUAUGCUGUUUUUUUAAAUUCCAUUUUUAUUAUUUUCAUUGUGGCCUAAAUAUUAGCUACAGCAUUUAAUUUGUUUUAAUUCAACAGUACUGUAUCACUAAUAUUAAAAGGUGUCACCCUAACCCCCAAAUAACUUCAAGCAGACAUAUUCAGCAUCUUCUUCUUUAGAAUUUUACAUAAUUCCUAGUGUCUUAAGAACAUGUACAUGUUUGUGGCAUUACUUUUUCAAAACACCAUAAGGAUCAAGAAUGUAAGACCUUUUAAUAAUAUUUUUCAGGCCAUGAUGAAAUUGGUUCAUUUUAGAGAAUUUUUUAGAGAUCUGUCUCAUGGAGUGUGUCAAUCCUCAACGAAUCCCACAGACUGUGUACUGCUGGGAAUUCCGGCAUUCAUUAGAAUGAUAACUAGUGGUCUGCAGGACCUCGCCGGCAUAUUAAAGAAGCAGCAGAUUAAAAUAUGUCACUUCGCAUUUGCGCACCAAGCAUUUUGCAUUUUCAUGAUUUAUUUUGUGCAGAGCUAGGUCUUUUUAUUAUGGCUAUUACCACCACUAUUUUACAACACUAGGCUCCAGUGCGGAUUAACACACCCAUACAUUAACAAGUCCAAUCAGAGAACUCUAAAAAUACAUAAAUAAAAAAACAGGUACAAUAAUUUCAUAUUUUUUUUAUUUUUUGUUUAAUAAACUAGACUGUCAUACCAGCCCCUUCACACUCGGCUGCGAACUGCUCCAGUGAGCAUUGGAGAUCACAGCUUGCGAAGCCAACACAACUAGCACAUCCAAACCUGAGGCCAUUGGCCUCCGUCAGAAAAGAGUGGGAUGUCCCCUCGAGUUCGGGGAUGAGAUCCUUCUCCAAGUGGAGGAGUUCAAGUAUCUUUGGUCUUGCUCACGAGUGAGGGAAGAAUGGAGCAGGAGAUGGACAGGGGGAUCGGUGCAGCGUCUACAGUGAUUGGGACUUUAUAUCGUUCUGUUAUGGUAAAGUUGAAGCUAAGUCCAAAGGCGAAGAUCUUAAUUUACAGGUCGAUUUACGUUCCUACCCUCACUUAUGGGCACGAGCUGUGGGUCGUGACCGAAAGAACGAGAUCCCAGAUAAAAUUGCCAAAAUGAGUGUAGUCCACAGGGUGUCCGGGCUCUCCCUGAGAGAUAGGGUGAGAAGCUCGGUCAUCCGGGAGGUGUUCAGUGUCGACCCGCUGCUCCUCCGCAUUGAGAGGAGCCAGACGAGGUGGCUGGGGCAUCUGGUACAGAUGCCUCCCAGAUCUCUCCCUGGUGAGGUGUUCCGGGCAUAAAGACCCCGGAGACGACCCAGAACACGCUGGAGAAACUGUCUCUCGGCUGGCCUGGGAACACCUCGGGAUCCCUCCGGAAGAGCUGGAUGAAGUGGCUGGGGCAAGGGAAGUCUUAGUAUCCCUGCUAGAGAUACUCCCCCCAUGACCCAACCCAGAAAAGUGGUAGAAGGAUGGAUGGAUGGAUGGAUGGAUGGAUGGAUGGAUGGAUGUUACACAACUGUUCCUCUGCACUACUGCAUGGUGCUGUAUACUAUGUACUUAUUUUCAACAAGUUUGUGUCUUUGUAAAAAUCUGUCUCUUAAUCUGCAAAAAGAAAGAACGCUUUGUUGAGUUUAACUCUGCUGAUUUUAACGCUGCUAAAAAGAAUAAUGGCCAUCUGUAAAAAAAAAAAAAAUGAAUAUUAUACGCUAAUAUAGCUGGCUUUUGUCGCUGAUGAAUUGUGUAUUCAGAAAAAUAAAAGAUUGGGACAGUGUGAAAAGAAAAAUAUUAUAUUGUAUUAUAAUAAAAUACAUGUUGUCAAGUUGCAAGAAUAAAUCUGUAAUGUUAUGAGAAUAUAGUGAUAUGAGGGGAAAAAAUGCAAUGCUGUAUUAUCAGAAGAAAGUUGUCAUUUUUAAGAAAAAAUGAGUUGUAAUAUCAUGACAAUAGUCAUUAUAAAAUAUGGAGAAAUUUUAAUAUUACAACUCCACACCUAGAUUAUUAUUGUCUCAUAUUAUUACACCUUUAUUGGUAAAUAUUCCGCAAUAUUACAAUGUUAUUUGUGAUGUAUUGUUUUUCUAAAAGCCCUCUGUACCAAAGAUAGAAGGUGCAUUAAAAAAAAAAUAAAAAUAAAACAUGGACCAGCACACAUUAGUUCUGACUUUAAUUGCAAUUUUCUCAACAACAAAAAAAGAAGACAAAAAAACGAUGUAAUAUUUACUGUAUAUGUGACAUGGUUCCAAUGAUUUUUUUCACCAAAUAUUAUGUCAAUAAAACAUGAAUGUGUUUUUAUGUAUGUUUACAAAACUAAAUUAAUUAAAAUUGCUAAAAAAAAAUUAACUAUUACAAUCUGUCAUUAAUUUCCUUGCAAUUUUGGUGGGUAAACACACACAAAAAAAAAGUUAUUGUCCGAGUAUACUUAAUAAAAUUGUGUUGAAUGCAUUUGUUUUGUCUUUGUUCUUAUUAUCAAAUGCCUAUUCAUCCAUCCAUCCAUCUAUCCAUUUUCUGAGCCGCUUAUCCUCACAAGAGCCUUUUCCAUAUUCAUUUCACAUUUGAAUCUGAGUGUUUUAUUGAAUUUGCCAUAGAUAUUUUGUAGCUUAUAUAGUAGUAGUGUUUUCAUUGGAACAAUGUUUAUUUUAUUAUAUUUAAUGCUUUUUUGUAUAUGACAGUUUAACUCAUGCCACAAUGGGCAGCAGUUUGGCAAAUGUUGACUAUUUCAUCCAAAAAGAGGC